GAUCAGGAUUUUUGCCUCAUGAAGGCGUGGGACGAGAGGGCGAUGUGGUACAUGUUCCCCUUGUUUGUUUGUGAAGAGUUGAGCGAUGAGGUAUAUGCCCUCAAGCAGAAGGCGAGKGCGUGGGAUGAAUUGGAGAGCUCCUUAAGGCUAAGAUUCCCAGAAGAUGGAAUAGAAGGCUCACGUGGGGAAUGCUCUGUGCAACCAGCUAUGGGCGCACCAUCGCAGGCAGAGUUGAGUGGAUUGCAGAGACAAGUGGGAGUAUUGGAAGAAAGGUUAGCACGGCUGGAAGAGGCCAGGAAAGGCAAGCGGAAGAUUUUAGAAGAGUCCCCAAGUAAGCCAAAUGGUCAGGGUGAAAGAGGGGUAGAGAAGGAUGACCGAGAGUCACCCCUCUCGGUAGGAGCCCCAAAGAGGCGAGCCGGUGUUCAGGCGAGAAACAAAGGUGGAGGAUCCAUUGAAACAAAAAAGGAGCAGGAUGCUAAUAUGGCACUGCCUGUUAUUGCGCCGGAUCCAAAGAGGGGGCUCACUAACGAGGAAGCAUCCUUAGUUGCAGGUCGGGAGAGGCAAAGGAGUGGAUGGUGGCCAGAGCACUGGGCAGAAGUGGUAUAUGAUUGUUGGGGAAAAACUGGCCGUAUCCCUCACGGAAGUAAGGAAAAGGGUGUGAUGGGAAGAAAAGCGGAGCUUGAGUCUCCCAAACCAACAAAGGCUCAGCGAGAUGCGAGGGGWUGGGCCCAGGGAAGUCAGGAUACCAGAGAAGGGCAGUGCUCGCAACAAGACGUAGUCACUCCGCUAGGAAUGGGAGGCGAAACUGCUCAAAGGGGGCCUUCGGUGGCCGAACAGACACUAUAUCGGCGGUGGAUGCCGUACGAUCAGAUGGGUAUAGGGUCUGCGAUUGGGAUAGACUUCUUCAGGGGUUAUCAUGUCUCCAAUUUCCUUGACAAGUUUGAAUAGAUAUCCACUACAAAUGGAGCGGGGUGCGAAUGCUGGAAGAGGUCAUGGGGUUUAUCCAUAUAGGGCUGAGAGAUGAAGUUGAUAGGGUGGUUAAAGGAGCGAGGUUAUCAUGGGGGAAAUUUUGUGAUGACAUGAGGCAUAAGUACUGGCUAG